AUGAACCACACGCUCCUCACAGGCACACCUCACUCCACUCACCUCACUCCACUCACCUCACCCCACUCACCUCACUCCACUCACCUCACCCCACUCACCUCACUCCACUCACCUCACCCCACUCACCUCACUCCACUCACCUCACCCCACUCACCUCACUCCACUCACCUCACCCCACUCACCUCACUCCACUCACCUCACCCCACUCACCUCACUCCACUCACCUCACCCCACUCACCUCACUCCACUCACCUCACUCCACUUACCUCACCCCACUCACCUCACCCCACUCACCUCACCCCACUCACCUCACCCCACUCACCUCACCCCACUCACCUCACCCCACUCACCUCACCCCACUCACCUCACCCCACUCACCUCACCCCACUCACCUCACCCCACUCACCUCACCCCACUCACCUCACCCCACUCACCUCACCCCACUCACCUCACCCCACUCACCUCACCCCACUCACCUCACUCCACUCACCUCACCCCACUCACCUCACCCCACUCACCUCACCCCACUCACCUCACCCCACUCACCUCACCCCACUCACCUCACCCCACUCACCUCAAUGCGUGUGCAGUUUGAAUGGCCCCAUCCGCCAGAACCAGCAGGCACAUCUGAGCAUGCACCAUGUUGCCCCCCCCUCACCAUCACAGCCACCAUCGGCUCUGCCCACCCAAUCAGCCCCCACCCGCACAUUACAAGGGAGAAGAGGAGAAAUGGUAAAUGCCAAUACAAGACAUGGGUGCACACAGGAAGGCAUGAGAACAUGGUGCUCAGCGCCCACCGCUGCUGCCACUGCACCCACAUGCACUGGCGGUGGUCGUGGUGCUGGCACUGCUGGCACCGCCGCCGCCGCCGCCGCCGCCGCUGCUGCUGCUGCUGCGGGCUGCAUUGGUUGCUCAUGCGCUGGUCUUGUGAGGGGCUUGAGUGGUAAGGGUGGUGUGAGUGGUGAGGGAGGUGAGGGUGGUGCAAGUGGCAUGGGUGGUGCGUCCGAGUGGCGUGCGAGUGGCAUGGGUGGUACAUGUAGGCACGGGAGGGCAGUGACGAGAACACACAUGUGCAUGGCGGCAUGCAAUCAUCUCAGACACGCUCUCCAGCAUGCCCCAUGCUGCCCUCUCGCUCUCUUACGCGUGAUCACUCCUCCCCUCACCCCCCUCCGCCCUCUCCCCAGCACCUGCCAUCCCCAACCCCAACCCACGCGCAUCCCACGCGCAUCUUCUCUCCCUGCCACCUUCUAUUCGCCCUCCCCCCGCUUGCCUCUCCGCAUCCCUCGUUCUGCGGGCGACCUCUCUGCGCCCCCCUCCGCCAUCUUACCCGCUCUGCCUUCCACUCUGCCUGCACCCGCUCCGCUCGCCCCCGCCCCCUCUCUUCCGCGCCCCCCCUGGGCUUCCGACAGCUGCGCGCUCAAUUCCCCUCCGCGCUUUCUUCCACGCACUCCCCAGUAUUCCGCCAUUCGCCGCGAGUUCACUCUCCCGCUCCGCCACUUGCCGCCGUCCCCAUCACCCGCCAACUGCGCCUUUCCCCGCCGGCGCGCACUGCUAUCCGGCCGGUCCAGAUCACUCUCGGACAGUCUCCUGCCUUCAACCCCAGCCACUCCGCCUCUCGUUUGCGCACGCGCCGCGACCAGCGCUCCUCAUCCAGUGGCCGAGGCGGAGGCGGAGGCACAGGCGAGGCGGUGGGGGUGCAGGGCGGCAGCGCUGCACUGUGACGUGCGCAACGAGGGCGCCCUGCAGCUGUACCUGCAGCACGGCUACCGCCUUGUGCGGCCCCCUCUGGGUGCUGUGUGGCCCCAACCCAUGGCCUCUGAAGGGCAGGACCAGCAGCUGCUGCUCAAGCGACUGGGAUAG